UUCACGCGUAAGUGAAAGCAUCUCCGUCGCCCGAGGCUCUCCGUAUUCACGCGGCGUCUCUCUGCGGCCAUGGUAACCCUGUGCUCAACGUUGGACCGCUAAUUCAUGAACUCCUCACUAUCAGUCGCUGUUUUGCAGCUGUGUCUGUAAAGCAUGAAUUUGGCAGAGAUAUGUGACAACGCCAAGAAGGGCCGUGAGUAUGCCCUGCUGGGGAACUAUGACUCCUCCGUGGUGUACUACCAGGGCGUGAUCCAGCAGAUCCACAAGCACUCGCAGGCCCUCAGAGAUCCAGCACUGAAAGUUAAAUGGCAACAGCUCAGACAGGAAUUGUCUGAGGAAUACGAGCAGGUGAAAAGCAUCAUGGGAACACUUGAGAGCUUCAAGUGCGAGAAGCCCGUCAACAUCCUUGUCCCUCAGCCAGAGGAGCGACCCGAGGACCCGGCGGUUUGGCCCCCACCCAUCCCAGCAGAGCACAGGAAUCCUGUCGUGGCGAAGAGGCCCAACAGUGCGGUGAAGCAGCAGCAGAAGAAGGACUCUCCUGGUCUGCAGCACCGAGGGGCAGCAGGACGCGCUCAGGCCAACCCUAAAGCAGAACGGCAAGCGAACAGAGAUGCCCGGGGAUUAAAGGCCAAAGACGAUAAGGGUAAAAAAGUGGAUGUCUCAGGGGAUGGAGAACAGAAGAAGUUUGAUGGUACUGGAUAUGACAGCGACUUGGUGGACUCACUAGAAAGAGACAUAGUCUCCCGCAACCCUAACGUACACUGGGAUGAUAUUGCUGAUUUGGAAGAUGCUAAGAAGCUUCUGAGAGAAGCCGUAGUGCUGCCUAUGUGGAUGCCUGACUUUUUCAAGGGGAUUCGUCGACCGUGGAAGGGUGUACUGAUGGUCGGGCCGCCAGGCACAGGGAAGACCAUGCUAGCCAAAGCUGUGGCCACAGAGUGUGGGACUACUUUCUUCAAUGUGUCCUCCUCCACCCUCACCUCUAAAUACAGGGGCGAGUCAGAGAAACUUGUCCGCCUGCUGUUUGAAAUGGCCAGAUUUUACGCUCCAACAACCAUCUUCAUAGAUGAAAUUGACUCCAUCUGCGGCAGUAGAGGGAAGUCGGACGAACACGAGGCCAGCCGCCGCGUCAAGUCAGAACUUCUGAUCCAGAUGGACGGCGUUGGCGGCGCCUUGGAGAACGACGACCCCUCUAAGAUGGUGAUGGUGCUCGCCGCCACAAACUUCCCCUGGGACAUCGACGAGGCGCUGCGGCGGCGGCUGGAGAAGCGCAUCUACAUCGCGCUGCCCACAGCUGUCGGCCGUGCGGAGCUUUUGAAGAUCAACCUGAGGGAGGUGGAGCUGGCUCCUGAUGUCAACCUGGAGCUCAUAGCGGAAAAGAUUGAGGGAUACUCCGGAGCAGACAUCACCAACGUCUGCAGAGACGCGUCCAUGAUGGCCAUGCGUCGUCGGAUCCAAGGCCUGAGCCCCGAGGAGAUUCGAGCGCUGUCUAAGGAUGAGCUGCAGAUGCCCGUGACCAUGGAGGACUUCACUCUCACUCUGAAGAAGAUCUCAAAAUCUGUGUCCGCUGCCGACCUGGAGAAAUACGAAGCCUGGAUGGCCGAGUUCGGCUCGGUGUAGAGGAUGGAUGCGACGUCCCCGGGUUGGACCAGAGGGUUGAAAAGAACGUUUGCGUCUUUGAAGUGCGAAGGCUUUGAAGAGGAGGAGAACUCCGGCGUGUGAGCCGGUAAGCACAUCAGGGGUGUUGGCGCUCACAUCAGAAGGCCGGCAUCUUUGACAGAGCAUCAGGAAAACCUUGAGAAGCUCCACUUCUGCUCUUGUACAUUUCUCUCCUUACGCUUUAUAGACUUGUGACAUCUUUCUCCUGGUUAACCUUAUGUCUAUAAUAUUAAGCUGAACAUUUCUGACCCCAUUCCUCAAAAGUAGGAACAUCUAUAUUUGUUUUUGUUAAAUAUUCUAUUUUAGCCUCUGAUCCUGUGCAGCUCUCAUUCAAAAGCAAAGAGGGUAAGUAAAAUGCCGCAGAGCAUCAGGCCUCAGUGCUGAUGUCUGAAAUUCCAAUAAAUCUAGAGUUGUUAUCAAGCUGCUAACAAUGUCAUGCUAACAAAAACAGCAGAGUCAUGUCACUUUAAGAGCAAAGGCAGCUGCUUGACAUGACUUUUCCUGACAACUGAUCAAACUGAUCAAAAUUAUCACAAAGCCUCCAAAAGUGUUCCGCUUUGCAUGAGAGAUCUUCUACAAAGUAAAAAAAUAAAUAAAUAGAAGAAAUUUUAUGCGUCAUAAUUUAACACUAUUCUCAGACUAAAGUCACACAUGCUGUUGGUAACUUAAGUCUGUUGUAUUCUUAAUAACUCUUAAAGAACUGGUACGUUUCCUGUAUUUUUCAGCACUUUAAAUGUGUUUUUAAGAAGUGAAUGUGUCGACUACUGACUGAACGCUCAUGGUUUAGCGAUUUACGCGUUUGCUUUCUUGUGACUGACUGGUGUUUUUUGUACGUUUUUACAUUCGUCUUCAGUUUUUAAAUGACGUUUGGACCAACAAAUGUGAGAAAAGCAAAAAGAAUGUGUCUGCUGACGUGGUUUUGUUUUUUUCUCUACGAAAUAAAAUCUGUUCUUUGUUCUCAACUACAA